CGCUAGCUUCUACUUGCCCGCAUUUAAGYAACAAGAAAUCAGUUUAGAAUUAUUCUUCGCCAUAAAAACAUUAAAAGUACUUGGGUGCGCAAUAAAUCGCUUAAACGAUACGCACAUGGUAAUUGUUGUACUACAACAACGUUGAAUGAAAUCCUAAUAAUUCGCGCAACGUUUGCGUAACGCAUGGUUGACUUAUGAAGACAAGAGGCUGCAAACCGGAAACCGUAGGCAGUGCGUCAAGGCUAACAAGCGCCUUUUUUAUACACUAAAUCAAUAAUCAACUAUCUACAAGUGGCUUUGAAAAUGGCAACAGCUGAGAUAAGUGUAUGUGCAACAGGUGGCACUACAUAUCCCCCUGAAUUACAAUUAACAGAGGCUGACAAUAUUUUAGAGCAAAAUGAUACAACAGUAAAUACAUUGGACGCUGCAGCCGAGCCAGAAACUGGAUUAACACAUGAGUGCGGUGUUUUCGGCGCCAUCGCCUGUGGCGAUUGGCCGACGCAAAUUGAUGUGGCGCACGUGAUUUGUUUGGGUUUAGUGGCAUUGCAACAUCGCGGCCAAGAAUCGGCAGGUAUUGUGACAAGUGAAGGUAAUACUUCAAGAAAUUUUAAUACACACAAAGGGAUGGGCAUGAUCAGCACCCUCUUCAACGAUGAGUCUAUCAAGAAACUCAAGGGCAAUCUAGGUAUCGGCCACACACGUUACUCCACUUCCGCCGCCUCUGAGGUAGUCAAUUGCCAACCUUUCGUUGUACAUACACUGCAUGGCGCGAUUGCUGUAGCGCACAAUGGCGAACUAGUAAAUUCUGAAUCGCUUAGGCGGGAUUUGCUGAGUCGUGGCGUUGGUUUGUCAACACACAGCGAUAGUGAAUUGAUUGGACAAGCACUUUGUUUGUGUCCCGAAGGUGUCUUUGAACAAGAUGGRCCAGACUGGCCGGCGCGCAUACGUAACUUUAUGCAAUUGGCGCCACUCUCCUACUCACUUGUUAUGAUGUUUAAAGAUAAGAUUUAUGGGGCGCGUGAUCCAUACGGUAAUCGGCCACUUUGCCUUGGAAAAAUUAUGCCUAUCAAUGGCGAUUCGAAUGCUAAGCUUGAAGACGUGCACGCCGAUGGUUGGGUGGUGUCGAGUGAAAGUUGUGGUUUCUUGUCGAUUGGGGCGCGAUACGUGCGGGAAGUCGAACCGGGGGAAAUAGUAGAAUUGACGCGCAACGGCUUCCGCACCAUCGAUGUGGUCAAACUACCUGAAUAUAAGCGCAUAGCUUUUUGCAUUUUCGAAUAUGUUUACUUUGCGCGCGGCGAUUCGAUAUUUGAGGGUCAAAUGGUGUAUUCGGUACGCAUGCAGUGCGGUAAACAGUUGGCACGCGAGGCCUUAAUCGAUGCAGAUAUAGUUAGCUCAGUGCCAGAAUCGGGUACAGCGGCAGCGCAUGGCUAUGCUAGAGAGUCCGGCUUGCCAUUCGCUGAGGUACUAUGUAAGAACCGUUACGUAGGCCGCACAUUUAUUCAGCCAUCGACACGUUUGCGCAAAUUGGGUGUCGCUAAAAAGUUUGGCGCACUUUCCGAGAAUGUAGCUGGCAAACGACUUGUUCUGAUCGAUGAUUCAAUUGUGCGCGGAAACACCAUCGGACCAAUUAUCAAGCUGUUGCGCGAUGCCGGAGCAGCAGAGGUACAUAUACGCAUAGCCAGUCCACCGCUGCAAUAUCCAUGUUACAUGGGCAUUAACAUUCCSACGCGUGAAGAGCUUAUUGCCAACAAAUUGAAUGCAGAGCAAUUGGCCCGACAUGUGGGUGCAGACAGCUUGGCAUAUUUAAGUGUGGAGGGUCUAGUAAAAGCAGUGGAAAUGAACAAACAGGUUUCUAGUCCGAAUAAAAGCGGUCACUGCACGGCUUGUUUAACCGGCGAGUAUCCGGGCGGGCUACCGGAAGAUUUGAGUUGGUAAAUGCAAGGCAUAUGGAGAAAGCAGUACCCACAACUGAAUAAUAAUUAACAUUAUUGUUCUUAUAAAAUCUCAUAAGAC